AUCAUCGAAUGGAAACGAGGCUUUGAGUGGAUGGCAGUGGCAGUGGCCUAGCUACUUGACAUUUCAUUUUCCAAUAUGAAAAUUUUUGUUGAAGAAAGAUAUGGCAGUGAAAUUGUCGGAGCCUACAGAAUAGACCCUCUGCAGAAUGGACGCUUGACUGCAUUAUCUAAAAAUCAAAAUUCUGGAAGAACUAAGAGCUUCCUCUUGAGACUCCGCCGCUUGCUAACGACUGUUUUUCUGCCACAAGGAUACCCAGAAAGUGUCAGUGAAGAUUACCUUGAAUAUCAAAUUUGGGAUACUGCCCAGGCCUUUUGUUCUUCAAUCACUGGAACCCUUGCUACAAGAGCAGUACUCAAAGGAUAUGGCGUGGGUGAUGAGACAGCAACAGCAACUGCAGCUACAAUAACAUGGAUGCUUAAAGAUGGAACUGGGAUGCUAGGAAGGAUUCUUUUUGCAUGGAGCAAAGGGACACAACUAGACUGUGAUGCAAAAAGAUGGAGGUUGUUUGCAGAUAUUUUGAAUGACAUGUCAAUUUUGCUGGAUCUAGUUUCACCUUUAUUCAAGGGAUAUUUCACAUUUAUAGCAUGUCUAUCAGGAAUUGCUAAGUCCAUAGUUGGUGUAGCAGGUGGUGCAACCAGGGCUUCAUUAACACAGCAUCAAGCUAGAAGAGAUAACAUGGCCGAUGUUUCUGCUAAAGAUGGCAGCCAGGAGACCCUUGUAAACCUAAUGGCAUUGAUUGCUGGACUGAUCAUAACUCCUUUAGUUGCCAAUAGUUCAUUAUUAGUCUGGGUGCUGUUCGCAGUGUUCACAUUUCUACAUUUGUAUUCAAAUUACAAGGCAGUUUCUGCGGUCGUCAUGGAAACUGUCAAUCUCCCUCGUUUCCAUAUUCUUGUAAGCAACUAUUUAAGCUCAUUGAGAAUACUUACUCCAAGAGAUGUGGGUAGAAAAGAUCCAGUAAUCAGAGCUCCUGGUUAUCGAAUAACAAUGAAACUUGGGUGUAAACUUUCACAGGUAGUUAAAAGUUCCAAUGAAUUCAAAAAUUCUAUCACAAACACAUUUGAUGCAAAAUACAUUUUGCGACUCGAUUUAGAAAGUAAAAAUAAAAAAGGAAUGGUAAAAAUUGCGCUCCACAAAGAUAUUACGCACAAAGAUCUUGCGGAAUGCUGCUUUGUGGCCUUUGUGCUGGAUGCUUUGUUCCAAAGAACAUUAAAGCCAGAAAUCUUUCAAGACAAAGCAACUCGUCAAGCAGUAUCAUUGCUCUGCUCAAGAUGGGACUCAGGUAAUGUGCAUGACCCAGAGAUCAGUUGGGAACUAGUGGCAAUGGCACAAAACAUCACUUCUAGAUUAUUCCCUGAUUUUUAUUCUGGUCUUAAACGUCAUGGCUGGAACAUGAACACUACCCAGUUUGGCUCAGACGAGUGGAGACUGGACUGGGAAAAUCAAGACGAAGACAUUAAAGUUGUGUGAUAAGAGAAUUGAAUAUUGAAUAAUAUUGGAUUUAGCAUCUUUUUAUAGUACCGGUUUAACAGAUGACUGUCACACAAUAUAAAGAUCAAUUUACUUACAUAAAUAAAAAAUUUUUUUAAGAAGUACUUGCCAAGGCCACAUAAAUAAAAAAAAUAUUUUAAGAAGUACUUGCCAAGGCCACAUAAAUAAAAAGUAUUUAAGACGCAAUUGUUAAGGCCAAAUAAAUAGAAAAAAUAUGUUAAGUCUUUCUUGCCAAGGCCACCUUAUGCUCUACUUCAUCAUCAUUCAGAUCAAAUGAUAAAUGUGAAAUGAUAAAUGUUGAUGAUUGCCGGGCCUAUUCUGCUGCCUCUUGUUUUUAUCGUUUUCUUUUCAUUUGAGAAGUUCAGUGUCUG